AUGGAAGAAAUAAAAACUGAUUUACAAGAUAAACAAAAAGAGAAUAUAAAAUUUUCGAAAUUUGUUACCUCAUUAAGUUUUAUGAAAAAAAAUAUAAAUGGAAAAGAAGAAAAUGCUAAAAAAAAAAUAAAAUAUUCUAAUGACGAUCAUGUAUGGGUACUUAAAGAAUAUGAAGAGCAAGGAAAUAUUUUUUUAAAAAACAAAUUAUCCACAAAAAAUAAAAAUAAUGUUGCCUUAAAUUGUUUGGGAAGAAAAUCAUACAACAACUAUAAUAAUUAUAUAAAUUUAUAUAAUAUGGAAAUUAAGAAAUUUAUAAAUUCAAUAAAAAAAAAUAAACCUCAUAAAUCCUUAAAGGAGUAG